UGAAGGGUUAUGACACUUCCAUGCUGGUUCUUGCUAGUCCACCCAGUUUGAUUUAAUGGUUUUAAUCGCGUGGUGAUGAAGACAAGCACACAAGCCAUAGAAUGAUUUUGUUUAGAUGGAAAUGGUCGAAAUAAGAGUAUGUUAUUUUCCCAAUGAAAUUCUGUCGAAGUGCCCUUUAACGCUGUAACGUGGCCCACUCGUGUUAACACACACAAGAUGGGCGUGGUUAACACGUUGCCCCGCCCCAUCCAUAGUGGUCCCACUCCACCUUUGUACGCACGUCUAUAGACCAAAAGCUUGUGCGUUUUAUAGCUCGUUUUAUAUUCGUGACAUAUUAAAAUAUACGUGUUGUUCCUUAUACAUUUGUAAGUGCAUGUCCAUAACGUGUUUAAACCGAACCAGGCUUUGCGCAGCAGGGAUGCUCGCGCUUCUGCGCGGAUUUGGCAUGAAGGACUGCCGGUGCUGUGAUGCGGCCAGCAGCAAAAACUACGAGAAGUUGUUUGAAAAACUAGACACCAACAAAGAUGGGAAGGUGGACGUGGCGGAGCUUCGGGCAGGUCUCAUAGCGAUGGGGAUAGCCCUGCGUACUGGAGAAGCUCAGAAAAUAGUGUCUACCGGUGACAAGAACAGUGAUGGUGCGCUCGACUUCACCGAGUUCGCCAGAUACCUGAAAGAGCACGAGAAGAAACUGUGGCUCACGUUCAGGAGUUUGGACAAGAAUAAUGAUGGACGUCUGGAUGCCUGUGAGAUCAAACAGUCUCUGGCUGAACUGGGAAUGGACAUAUCCACAGAAGCAGCGCUGAAAAUCCUACAGAGCAUUGACAUUAACGGCACCAUGACUGUGGACUGGAACGAGUGGAGGGAGCACUUCAUGUUCAAGUCUACCACUAACCUGGAAGAAAUUAUUAGAUACUGGAAACACUCCUCGCAGCUGGACAUUGGCGAUAAUCUUGUCAUUCCCGAUGAGUUCACCAACGAGGAGAAGGUCUCUGGUGGUUGGUGGAAACAGCUCGUUGCCGGAGCCACAGCAGGGGCAGUUUCACGAACAGGCACCGCACCUUUGGAUAGAGUGAAGGUUUUUAUGCAGGUUCAUGCAUCCAGGUCGAACCAAAUCAACCUGGUGGCCGGGUUCAAACGGAUGCUUAAUGAAGGAGGAGUGACAUCUCUUUGGAGGGGGAAUGGGCUCAAUGUGUUAAAAAUCGCCCCCGAGACCGCUAUCAAAUUUAUGGCCUAUGAACAGUAUAAGAAGUAUCUGUCAUCUGAGGGUGAUAAAAUAGAGACAGCGCAGAGAUUCAUAGCUGGGUCCUUAGCUGGUGCAACAGCACAAACUUCUAUUUACCCUAUGGAGGUAGUAAAGACUAGACUGACCUUAAGGAGCACUGGACAGUAUUCUGGGAUGGUCGACUGUGCCAAGUCAAUUCUAAAAAGAGAGGGCAUUAAGGCUUUCUAUAAAGGUUACGUCCCCAACAUGUUGGGUAUUAUCCCUUACGCUGGCAUCGAUCUCGCCAUUUAUGAGAGCCUAAAGAACGCCUGGCUUACGCACCACGCCGAACACACAGCCAACCCCGGUGUUCUGGUCCUGCUUGGAUGUGGUACUGUCUCUAGCACAUGUGGCCAGCUGGCCAGCUACCCUCUGGCCCUUGUACGCACCCGUAUGCAGGCACAAGCAUCGUUCGAGAACUCAGAGCAGCCUUCGAUGCGCUCGCUGAUACGAAACAUUUUGGAAAAAGAAGGUUUUUUCGGGCUCUAUCGGGGCAUCCUGCCCAACUUCAUGAAGGUCAUUCCAGCUGUCAGCAUCAGCUACGUAGUGUACGAGUACACAAAAUCAUCGCUGGGAAUCUCGAAGUGAACGUCAAAGGUCUGCGUUCCCAAGUCACACCGUCGAAGUGCUGUUCCUGGAUCCGUUUAUCAUCUUGGACGCAGAAAAUUCACCAAUCACGUGACUCAACAACAGUCUAAUCCUGGAUCAGUGUUCCUGUGCUAUAUGGUUGCCAGAGUCAAGGCUGUUGUUGCUGCAGGACUUUAAUUCAAGAGUCUCUGUCAUUAAGCUACUUUUAAACAUAAAUAGAAGUGCAUCAAUGGUGUCUUAAAUAAAAGAAUGACGGAGUGAGAUGGACCCAUGUACUGUAGGUUUCACUACAUGAUUUGAAUUAUGUGUAUUUUUUAUUUGUUUAACAGAAAAGGUCAGUCACUGCAAUGAAUAAUAUGGGAAAAUACGAUUUGCCUUAUGACUUGCAUGCGCAUUUAUGCAUGUGAAUGUCAGAUUAUGUGAAUGUUGGUUUUAGUACAUUUUAUUUCUCUUUUUAUUAUGAAUUUUUUUUUUCGUAUUUUUGUAUUUUGCUUGAGGGUUAUGCAAUGCAGACCUUCAAAUUCCACCACGUAAUCAAACAGAUAACCCCAGUGCACUGCUGAGAAAUACUAACCUGAAUAGUUUAGUUCAAUUUAAAAUACUCUGUUCUAAAAACUGUGCUCCGAAUAGCGGAUUUAGUACCAGGCUCCUGCAAUCAGUUAUUGUAAGAACUGGUGGUCUUUUUCGAUGUCUGAAGUAAUUAGAUAACCAGAAUUCUCUCAGAAGACACUGAAAUCUGUAUAAAGCUGUUUGAAAAUGUUUACAGAAGCAAUAAAAUAGAACAUAUAAAAAAAAACAAACGAAGGAUUUAUUUGUUUUGCUUACAUAUAUGAUCACGUAGAGGUUUACUCUAUUGUAAGCAGCCUAUUUAGACUGUUGAAAUCACCAAGAAAAUUUAUUUUGCUUUCAUAUACCAUAGCAAAAGAGUCACAAAGGGGAUGUCAGUGGAUUUAUUGUAUUUAAUUAGUACAGGUUUUUUCAUGUAUGUUUGCAUAUCCAAAGUUUCACAUUAAACUAAACAUUCAAGAUGAUAUGCGCAAUACUGCAGGAUUGUGUUUGGUGCUGUCUGUCAUAUG